ACUAAAACACAGACCAUCACUAGCAAAAUCGCAUGGCCAAUCUUGAAGCCGGAAUACAAAUCUUAUUGCAAGAAGCGCAGGACUUAUGUGUUGGCACAGAAGUAGCUGAGUUGCAGGAGCCACCUACUGCUUUAGAAUUCGCGUGUCAAUAUUACGCUAAAAACUUGCCUGUUGUGAUACGCAAUGCAGUGAGCCACUGGGAAGCUGUAAAAAAAUGGACUCCAAAAUUUAUCGCGGAAGCCUUAAAUGACCGAUUUGUAGAUGUUGCAAUUACGCCAAAUGGAUUUGCCGAUGGUUUAGCUACAGAAUCGGGGGUGGAAUUUUUUGUUUUACCUCUGGAAACGCAAAUGCCCUUAUCGCAUCUGAUUCAGCGACUUGAUGAUCCCACGGGGCCUGUGUGCUACAUACAAAAGCAAAACUCAAACUUUUUUGACUUUCCAGAGCUGACCAAAGACAUCGAUGUAAAAGACUUAGCCUUUGCACAGCAGUGCUUCAAUAAAGAGCCUGAUGCCAUUAAUUUUUGGAUGGGCGAUUCGCGAGCCGUUACUUCCAUGCACAAAGACCCAUAUGAAAACCUGUACUGCGUCAUCUCAGGACACAAAGACUUCAUACUGCUCCCGCCAUAUCAACUCUGCUGUGUGCCACGUCGUAAAUACCCCACCGGCAGGUACAAGCGCAGGAAAUGCGGUCAGUUCUACAUAGAACCCUUGAUGAGCGAGACUGAGUGGGUCAGUAUUGAUCCGCUGGCUCCAGAUCUGGCUAAAUACCCCGAAUACUCGAAAGCCAGUCCGUUACACGUGCGUGUGCUAGCGGGCGAUGUGCUCUACUUGCCCAAUUAUUGGUUUCAUCAUGUGCGACAGAGUCAUAAGUGCAUAGCUGUAAACUUUUGGUAUGACAUGGAGUACGAUAGCCGCUAUUGCUACUACCGCAUGAUGGAGCAGUUGACCAGUCACAGAGUUGUUUAAUACAAUAUCUGAUAGAUUUUUAAUUUUUAUGAUAAAUAUAACUCAAAAAAGUCGUCCAGAAUCGAA